GUCAUCUCGUUUGACAGCUUCCUGUUGUUUAGCUAGCCCAGGAGCGAGCUUAGCCUCGGACGGUAUUAGCAGCUUCUGAGGUGGGAAAUGGCUUCUUGUUCCUCCUCGUGAUUUCCAGGCUGGGAUGCGGACGUGAAACCAGUGGCAUCGGGUCACUGGUAUCGUUCCUGAGUGGUUUUCUCGGUGGUUUUCUCGGCUGUAAACUCACCCAGUGAAACCACCGGCUGCUGCGAUGUCAGAGCCGAAGCCCCCCACUCCAACCCCUGGAGACACGUACAAGGGUUGGCUCUUCAAAUGGACUAACUACAUAAAAGGUUAUCAGAGACGCUGGUUUGUUCUGAGCAAUGGACUGCUGUCGUACUAUAGGACCCAGGCAGAGAUGGGUCACACAUGCAGAGGCACCAUUAACUUGGCCACAGCCAAUAUCACUGUGGAGGACUCGUGCAAUUUUGUCAUCUCCAACGGCGGAGCGCAGACCUACCACCUGAAGGCCAGCUCUGAGGUGGAGCGGCAGCGAUGGAUCACAGCGCUGGAGCUGGCCAAAGCAAAGGCCGUCCGUAUGCAGGCCGAAUCUGACGACUCCGGUGACGAUUGUCCCUCAGCUCCACCCAGCUCAGGACAGGGGGGAGGCGCCCGUAACUCAGAAAUCCAGUCCACACUGCGAACAAUGGGCAGCAAGGUGGAGGACCUCACCACCUGCAACGAUCUCAUUGUCAAGCAUGGGUCUGCCCUUCAAAGGUCUUUGUCAGAACUGGAGGGGAUUCGUGUUGGAGGGGACAUGGGAGAAAAGAUCAGACAAGUUACAGAGAGGGCCACACUGUUCAGAAUCACCUCUAAUGCCAUGAUCAAUGCCUGUAGAGACUUCCUCUCCCUGGCACAGACCCACAGCAAGCGCUGGCAAAAGUCCCUAACGACCGAAAGGGACCAGAGGAUACGCCUGGAGGAGACUCUGGAGCAACUGGCUAAACAGCACAACCAUUUGGAACGAGCUUUCAGAGGAGCUACGGUUCUCCCCUCUUCAUUCAGCAAUCCCGCCUUAGGUAACAAAGGCGGAGGUUCAGGAAAGGGAGACGCCAGUGACGAGGAUGAUGACAAUGAGUUCUUUGACGCUAUGGAAGAUCCAGCAGAGUUUAUUACUGUUCCUGCCGACCCCAAGUAUCACAGGAGAUCUAACAGUAAUCUCAGUGGGUUCAGCAGUGAGACCGGGAUCGAUGAUCAGUCUGUCAAUUUUGAUGACCUGUCUAUGGCUUCUAACCCGGAGUCUCCCCAGACUCUGGAGCUGGAGCCAGUUCGACAAAGACGGACUCAUAUUCCUGACAAGCCCAACUAUUACCUCAACCUGUGGAGCAUCAUGAAGAAUUGCAUCGGAAAGGAGCUCUCAAAGAUACCAAUGCCUGUCAAUUUCAAUGAGCCCCUCUCCAUGCUGCAACGUCUGUCCGAAGAUCUGGAAUACUACGAUCUGCUGGACAAGGGGGCUAAAUGUCAGAGCUCUCUAGAGCAGAUGUGCUACGUCGCCGCUUUCACCGUCUCCUCCUACUCCACGACUGUCCACCGCACAGGGAAACCCUUCAAUCCACUGCUGGGAGAAACCUUUGAGCUCGAUCGACUCAGGGAGUGCGGCUACCGCUCCCUAUGUGAACAGGUGAGUCACCACCCACCUGCUGCAGCUCAUCAUGCCCUCUCUGAAAAGGGCUGGACACUCAGACAGGAAAUAAGUCUGGCCAGCAAGUUUAGAGGAAAAUAUCUCUCGAUCAUGCCCCUGGGUUCUAUCCAGUGUUUGUUUGAUAAGAGCAACAAUCACUACUCUUGGAAAAAAGUAACUACAACAGUCCACAACAUUAUUGUGGGGAAACUGUGGAUCGAUCAGUCAGGGGAGAUAGACGUGGUGAACCACAAGACAGGAGAUCGCUGCCACCUCAAGUUUGCUCCCUACAGUUACUUCUCCAGAGAUGUACCAAGAAAGGUAACCGGAGUAGUAACAGAUAAGGAUGGAAAGGCCCACUACGUGCUCUCAGGAACAUGGGACGAGAAGAUGGAGUUCUCCCGGGUAAUGCAGAGCAGUAAAGGGGAGAACGGCACAGAGGGCAAACAGAGGACUGUGUAUCAGACCCUCAAAGCCAAAGAAAUCUGGAAAAAGAACCCUCUUCCAGAGGGAGCGGAGACCAGGUACUUCUUCUCCACACUGGCCUUGACUCUCAAUGAGUUUGAGGAGGGAGUGGCGCCAACAGACAGCCGACGACGCCCUGACCAGCGAUUGAUGGAGGACGGCCGCUGGGACGAGGCUAACGCUGAGAAACAGAGGCUAGAAGAAAAGCAGCGCACGGUCCGUAGAGAACGGGAGAGGGAGGCUGUUAAAGCCGUCUGCUCACCUGAGGAAGCUGUCACUGAGGAUUCAAUCAAUGACUCGCCCUUGAAAACUGAUGCACAGGAGACUGGCACAGAAGCAAGUGAGGUUUCUGAUGAAAGUGCCCAUCAAGACAACCACCAAGCACUGUGGUUUGAGAAGAUCGACGACCCUGUAUCCGGAGAGACCUUGCACAUCUACAAGGGUGGUUACUGGGAGGCGAAGGAGCAGGGCAACUGGGAAAUUUGCCCCGACAUCUUCUAACCGCAGCCGAAUUGGCCCUUUUUCCCUCAGCGGUGUUCAAAUGAGAAGGGGGUAAGAAGAGACCCACCCGACAUCGGCUAAGAGUGUGGAAUCGAGCCUGACGUCAAACUUUCUUUAAUGUCUGUAGCUUCAACCGAUCACCUCAAUGUAGACACACUGCACAUUGAGCUUUGUAGUAACAUGGCGUCUGGUCAGUCAGUGCUCAGAAACCCUUCUCACUGCCUCUCUAACACUCAACUUAUCUUUGUCUUCUUCUGCUACUUGUUCUCAGUCCGUGGGCCUCUGUGGGUAUCCUCAGAAGCACUAAUGUCAGGCAUCAUUCAUCCAGACGGCAUUACUAUUUAUAAGGUUUGCUUAGACAGAGUGAGCCACAACCUAACAUCUAUUAAAUGUGUUUCUGUUUGUUGUGCAUUCCUGACCUUUGUCCUAACGUAGAAUCUAUUGCAUAUUCCCCAGCACAGCACCAGAGUCAAAGGGAGUCAAAGUUCUCUCCGACAUCUUUAUUUUGAGUCUUAAUUGACGGCAAUUUUUUUUCUACAUGCAGGCUUUUAUUACCCUCGAAGAGUAAUUCAUUGAAUAAUAAAUAUUCUUUAUUUGGUGUAUAUGGUUAAAUACCAUAUACAUUAACAUAAUUGUUGUGUAAUCAUGCUAAUUUGUAUUGGUACCAAUGAAAGAUGUAAUAUUUGCAAGAAAUUGAGGGGGAGGAGUUUCAGUCCUGUUGUUUUUGUUUGUUUUGCCUAGCUGUUAACAAUCUCCAUAAAUGCACCAGCCUCAUCGUAUCGUCUCAUAAAAUAUAUUGGAUUUACCCUCUAAUCCUUUCAUGUUUAAGAUCAAGUGUGUUAACAAGUCGGCUUCUCGCUAAUAACCGAAUCAACCGUUUAAUUUCUGCUUUUCAAAGUAAAUGUUGACGCUCACAAUUUGAAUGUUAGGUGAUUAAAUUUCGGAGCUAACGCCGAGCCGUGUGCUUGACGAUUUGUGAUGUGAUGUGAAAUAUGAGGCAGACGUCUUUGGUCCUCCUGGUUUCCGUCAAACUCACCGAUCACAGCUUUAAUCUUAAUAUUUUAGCGUUGUGUGUGUGUGAAGAUGUUGAACAGACCGCAAUAACAGUGCCUCGGUGCAUUGAUACACUCAUAAUGGCACAAAAUGAAAUGUGAGAACAGUGUGAAGGUAAAAACAAAACUACAACUGCAAAUUCUGAAUCCUGUUUUUGUCUCUGCUGCUGUUUGUCACUGGAGUGGAAAGACUGUCUGGUUGAUGAAAAUCUGAAUUUCAUUUUAUAUUCAAGUGUACUUAAAAAGGAGAAACACUGAAAAUGAAGAUCACAAAUCAUGAUGUUGCAAAUAUUUAUGUGUAAAUAUAUGAAAUAGUAAAGUAGCUGUGAUAUUAACUGGUUUUGUUGAUGGAGAAUCUAAGGGCAGCGAUGCACUUUUAAUUUGUUUUCUUUGUUGUUUUCAUUUACUCGGAUCCGGAUGCAGUUUCUUUUUCUGAGCUUUGCAACACGUUACAACAAAUCAUCUUUUUCCACAUAGGAUAGCUUUAUAUAUUUUUAUUUUAAACUUCGGAUUUACUCAUAAUUGAAGUAGAUUUCCUGAUUCUACAUUAUGUCCCUUUCAUUACAGAGAUGACAGUUUCUUUUCAGUCUUUUGAUACAAUAUAAUCUUAAUUUUUAACCAUUGGUCUUAAUUGUUUAGCCCUGUUAUCACAUUCUAUGUUUUAACUGUUAAGUUUCUACCUUGUUUUUCAUUCUUGUUCUUUACAGUCAUUUUUUUUCCCGCACACAAAAAGAGACUGAAGGUGUUCUUGCACUUUAGUACAGUACAGCAGCUACUUAAUAUGCCCUAAUUGAUAUAACUAAUAAACAGUCGGCUGUUGGUGUUCGCUAAUGAAGACUUUGUGAGGUUGUUUCAGAAACUUUUUCCUAAACCGUGUGCAGUAGUUCAAAACAUAUGUUCAUGAGUAAAAAAAAAAAGAUAUAUACAUAUGUAUUGAAAGGCAUUGAUUUCACCCUUUUUCUGUCCAUUAAUUGAGUUUUUAGCAAGAUUGUGUAAGAGGUUGACAAUAUUAAAGUCUGUUUGGAGAUGAAGUGCAAA